CACACUACGUAGCCUUUCAGCGGAUCUGGUUUUUUGGGAGGCAGAAAAAACACGUAGCCGCCCCGGUAUGCUUGUAAACGGAGUGAUAUUGACUUUUGGAUGACAGCCAAAUGAAUCUUGAACAGAUCUGGUGUUGAAGACUUACUGGCGGUAGACAGAUCAACUUUGGAUGGAGUUUAUUUUUGUUUUUGCAGCGCAGUCCAAACAGAGCACAGAGGCACUGAGGGGGAUCGGAAUUUACCGGUGACAAGUCUGAGAGGAGGAAAAAAAAAAGAAGAGGAUCCACUCGUUACAUGGAGUUUUAAAAAGCCUGCUUCCUUUUAAUCGCAAUAACAACCAAUAUUUUUGAAGACUUGAGUGAGUGCAUGAAAAGUACUUUCACAAAGGGACAACUGCAACCUUUUCACUUCCCGAUUUAACUUUAAAGAAACUGCUCCAACCAUGGCGAAAAAGUAUGAUUUGCUUUACAAAUUGUUACUCAUCGGGGACAGCGGAGUGGGAAAAACAUGUCUGAUCAUUCGUUUUAGCGAGGACAAUUUCAACUCCACGUAUAUUUCCACCAUUGGCAUCGACUUUAAAGUAAAGACCGUUGAAGUGGAUGGCAAGAAAGUGAAACUACAAGUUUGGGACACAGCAGGGCAGGAGAGGUUCAAGACCAUUACGACAGCCUACUACAGAGGAGCCAUGGGCAUCAUCCUGGUGUACGACAUCACAGACGAAAAAUCCUAUGAAAACAUCCAGAACUGGAUGAAGAGCAUCAAAGAAAAUGCAUCAGCUGGGGUCAGUCAAAUGUUACUAGGCAAUAAGUGCGACAUUGAAGCAAAGCGGAAAGUUUCAAGGGAGACAGGAGAGAAGUUGGCAAAAGAUCAUGGCAUUAGGUUCUUUGAGACGAGUGCAAAGUCCAGCAUUAACGUGGAUGAGUCUUUUCUGGCUUUGGCACUCGACAUACUACAGAAAUCCAGCAAGAAACCAGGUCCCACAGGCCGAGAGGUGAAAAUCACGAGCAGUACAGAGAAAAAAACCUCCAAAUGUGUUCUUCUUUAGAUAUGACGCUGGCCAUCACAUGUAAGAAAUCGCCAUACAAAUUUAAGAGCACAUCAGUGUUACGGGGGAGAAAUACAGUACAGCAGGUUUUCUGUCUCCAUCUGGUGGACUAUCGUAGCAAAGACACACACCCAAACUACUUUUGUGCUUUCGUUCCACAAAAGCAUAUACAUUACAAAUUAUACAUUCCUCCUUUGAGCUGAAAUAUUAUUAAAGUGAUUGUGCCUGUAUUCCAAAUUGAACAUAUGUUCUGCAACCUCUCCUGUGAUAGUGUUAUUGUAUUAUUUACUGUAUUAUAGUAUCAUGAAAAUGUUGCGGUGACUCCAAACAGAUCACUGACACAGCAUUUCACCAAGCAGUUCCCAACAUGUUUGGUUAAGCUGUACAUUUCUAUUUCCAGCUUGUAUUUCUUUGACUUCUCACCACAUUAUCGUCUCUACAACAGCACUGCUUACAGUCUUACAGAAUUUUAGGAACCAUUUCAUUAAUUUCUUAUGUGUGAGCACAUACUGUUGAGUGUUUAGGGGCCCUAGUGGCAGAGGAAGAGUUGGAUGGAAAGUAUUUUUACUCACAUACAAUGGUUUGAAUGCUGGACAGAAAAAAACAUUGUUGGUUAACAAUGUACUUUGACUCAGUUCACUGUUUGAAAUUCAAGGAUUUGUAUAAUAUUACAUCAACAGCACAGACAAGGUGACGUCCCAUUCUUGCAGUGCCAUAUACGAAAGCCUUUUGUUUCCCCACAUUUUAGUGGACCAGAAAUAUAUUGCAGAGAUGUCACAGACUGAACAUGAUUAAAUGUUGGAAACUUCUGUAGUUACAUUUCAUUAUGUUUAUGUUGUGCUUAUGGAAUUGAUUAAAUGUUUCAGUAUUUUAUUUCAUUCAAUAGAAUCUACAGUAACAGAUGCCAAUUAACAUUAAACCCUGAGUCUAUAGCAUGGAUAUGUUUGGGUUACGUCCCAUAAGAGAAAAGUGAAAACAUGCUCUUCACAUUAACAAGUUGAUGGAUGCAUGGAGUUGAAUCUGAAACAAACACGGGUGGACAACAAGCUACUUUAACAAAUGAAUGGAUUGAGAAUGUGGACGAUAGGAACAGAGAUAAGUGCAAUAUGAGAAGAUGAGUGGAGAGAUAAAAGAAUGACGGAUAAAGUAAGCGAAUGGACAGGAUGCGAGGGAAGCAGCAGCGCCUUUUAUCCGAAGUGCCUGGUUAAUCUCUCACUAAACACUACCACACAUUAGCUACAUCUGACAAGACAGUCUCCCUGUUCAUGCUAUUUCCGAUAAUUCAAAUGAUUAUGAUUAAUGAUGCUUAUCUGAUCCGGACAGACAUACUGUAUUUCCUGUAUCUGCUUUUUAUGCAUUUCUUUCACAUUCAGUGUCUUUUCAGACCUGCCACAAGACUUUGUAUGACGUUUACAGACCUGCCACUUGAUAAAUAAAAAGGCUUAACAUUAA